AUGUCGUCUACUAAUAAGAGAAUUGCAUUACCAGCUAGAGUUGAGCCAAAGGUUUUUUUUGCCAAUGAGAGAACAUUCCUUUCGUGGUUGAAUUUCACGGUUAUUUUAGGGUCUUUGGGUGUUGGGUUAUUGAAUUUUGGUGAUUAUGUGGGAAGAAUUUCUGCUGGGUUGUUUACGUUUAUUGCGAUGUUGACAAUGGUUUAUGCGUUGGUUACAUACCACUGGAGAGCCAAGGCUAUUAGAUUGAGAGGGUCAGGGCCAUACGAUGAUAGAUUUGGUCCAACAAUGUUGUGUAUUUUCUUAUUGGUAGCUGUUGUUGUCAACUUUAUAUUGAGAAUCAGAGCGUAA